ACAAGGAAGAACAUACGACAGCUGUACGAUGUGGGCGUGCGUCGCUGACAAGUGCCACUCCUUCCGUGAAGUAAUAGCUGAGUUUCACGCACAUCUCAGGUUGACUGAAACUUAACUCCAGCACGAUAACAAAAAUUGUGCCCUACCAAGAAACCAACAAUGAAGUCACUGACUGCUGCAAACACCAACUUCUCCCUGGACCUGUUUAAGAAGAUAAGUGAGAGUAAGAAAGUGGACAACAUCUUCUACUCACCACUCAGCAUCUCCUCUGCUCUGGCCAUGGUGUACAUGGGCGCCCGGGGCAACACAGCUACACAGAUGUCCAAGGUGCUUGGCUUUACGAAAGAGAAGAACCCUGAAGUUAACCCUGGACUGCAACAGCAAGUACAAAAACCCCAGCUUCAAAGGGAUAUGUUGGAGUCUCUCCACUUUCACAAAGCUGACGACGACAUUCAUAAUGGAUUCAGCAAACUGACGUCUGAACUCAACAAAGAGGGUGCCCCGUAUGUGCUGAGCAUGGCAAAUCGCCUGUUUGGGGAGCAGUCCUACACGUUUGUGGAGAAAUACAUUAUGGACACAAAGAAGUUCUAUCAGGCUGAGCUGGAGACCGUUGACUUCUUAUCAAAAGCAGAGGAUUCCAGGGUGAACAUCAACAGCUGGGUGGAGAAGCAGACUCAAGAGAAAAUCAAGAACUUGCUGCCGGAAGGGACUGUUGACACUCUGACCAGACUAGUGUUGGUGAAUGCUAUCUAUUUCAAGGGUGAUUGGAGCAGCAAAUUCAAAGAGGCAGACACAAGGGAAGUGCCAUUCAAACUGAAUAAGAAUGAAAGUAAGCCAGUGCAGAUGAUGCACCAGAAGGCCAAGUUUGGUAUCACGUUCAUUCACGACGUCAAUUGUCAGAUUCUGGAGAUGCCCUACGUUGGUAAAGAACUUAGCAUGCUCAUUUUUCUUCCCAAAGAGAUUGAAGAUGACUCCACAGGGCUUGUGAGGUUGGAAACGGAGCUCACGUACGAGAAACUCAUCGACUGGACACAGCCUGACAUGAUGGACAUUGUUGAUGUAAAUGUGGCUCUGCCCAAGUUCAAGAUGGAAGAGACUUAUGACCUGAAAGAAAUUCUGGUCAGUAUGGGCAUAGAGGAUGCCUUCGAUGUGUCCAAAAGUGACUUCUCUGGCAUGUCUCCCAGCAAUGAACUGGUGGUGUCCAAAGUGGUGCACAAGGCCUUUGUGGAGGUGAAUGAGGAGGGCACAGAGGCCGCUGCUGCCACUGCUGCCGUCAUGAUGUUGCGAUGCGCCAGGCCACGGCCAAUUACGUUCAUUGCAGACCAUCCCUUCCUGUUCUUUAUCAGACACAACCCCACUCAGAGCAUCCUGUUCUAUGGCCGUUUCUGCUCCCCAUGAAGUCUUAAGCUUGACAGUUUCCAGUUAUAACCUGGAGUCUAAAAAAAAUUAAGUCUGCCUUAAAAGAAUGUAAUCAACUGAAUCAUGUUUCUUGUAGUACAUGGCAUUGAUUUAUUUCCAUGGUAUCCUCUUUGAAAUCUUCUUCUGGAUUAAUACCAAAGAAUAUUUAAUGCCUGUUUAUUAUAUUUCACUCACUAUGUAACUGAAAACCAUAUCUGCUAACCAAUUUCAUAUUUGCGAAAAUAAAAAAUAAAAGUGUGGAAACGUU